CUGCUCUCUUCUACGCUACUAUCUAUUCUUAGUGAGUUCUCUCCAGUGUCUCCCGAGGACCCUGAUGGUGCAAUUGCCUCGAUUUUGUGUUUCCAUAUAUUAAUAAUAAUUACACCGACAGAACUGAUCAUCCGCAUUAUGUGCUCAUCUCGCUGACCAGGAUCCUGUUUCUGUCGGUCAACUGCAGAAUAAUGCUCCCUUCGCAUCAUUAAUUCAGAUUUCAACAUAUCCUCCUCCGAUGUCGCGAGACCAUGGCGUCAUCUCCUUCUUCCUCCAGCAGCGUCCAUUCCGCUCCCCAAUCCCAUCCUGAUCAGGGCCUGGAACACCCGGAACCCGAGCUGGAAACGCUCAUCUCGCACCUCGUGGCCGCAAAACGGUCUCUCUCAUCCAUCCAUCAUGUCUGGCGUGCCAAUGAGAUCGUUACCGCCGCCCGCUCGGCCUUGGAGGAAAGCGUGGUAGCUUACUCCCGCACCGGCUUCCUGCGCCACGGUCUGAAUAAUCAGCUCCGGCUGCUCUAUAGCGUCCGGAACGAGGUCGAAGAAGUCUCCCGUCGGGGCAGAGCGGAAUUCUCCGGCGUAUUGAAGGACCUGGAUGCCGCUGAUGCUCGGUUGAGGAAGACACUGGAUCUGUUGAGGGAGACGAUUGUUCAUGCGGGUUUCCGCCCGGAAGGCGAGGAACCGAAGAGUCUACAUGACUUUGUGGAUGAACGUGCUGUAGAGGAUCUGAAUGCUUCCUUGAAAGUCUCAAUCGACCGCACCAAUGCUGCACGGGCGGAAUUGGAUACAUCCAACUCCGCCUUUGAUGACCAACUCCGCUCUAUCAAGCAAGCUCUAGGACACUAUCGGGCUGCAACAAUGCCAGCUACUGCCUCCCCGACCUCCUCAUCUUCAUCUGCGGCAUCCGCGUCGAAUUCCAGCUUGCCCCCCCUUUCCUUAAUGCCGUCGAUGCUGAGCUCGCUUGAAAUGCAUGCGCAGGAAGUCGCCAAUCUCCUGGAAUCUUUAGUGCGGCAUUUCGACCUCUGUGUCACCGCUGUCAAGCACACUGAAGGCGGAGGAGCCGCCGCCCGGUCAAUCACUGGUGAUAUGCCUCCUGGGGUUAACGUCAAUAACCCCGGUGGACCAAAUCUAGAAGACGCAAAUGCGCCUCUGGAGCCCCUGUCUCACUCCGAGUAUCAGGAGAUGAAAAAUGUUAUAAUGAAGGACGCUGCAGAGGCAGAAGACGUUGUCUUGGAGAUUCAAGAUCGUAUUGGCGAGAUGGAAUCCAUCCUGGAAAACGUGCUUACUCAACGGGAUUCUCUUCUCUCAGUCUACCACGCCACGGUUGAUAUUUUCCAGCACUUGUCUUCUCUGGCAUCGACAGGUCUUCCCGGAUGCAUAGCCCAGGCACACAAUUUUAGCCGCAUCUGGAAUGAGGAACAUGAUCGUAUUAAUGCCGGCCUCGCUGACCUAUCAGACCUUCACUCCUUAUAUGAGGGAUUCUUGGAUGCGUACGACGGUCUCAUCCUGGAAGUAGCCAGGCGAAAACAUGUGCGGCAGCGCGUGGAGAAAAUCCUCCGGGAGACUAGACAGAAAUUGGACCAACUGUAUGAAGAGGAUGUCAACGCCCGUGAGGCCUUCCGCGUAGAACAGGGUGACUACCUACCGUCUGACAUCUGGCCUGGUGUCAGCGGAGAGCCCAUGCGAGUAGAAUUUCUACGCACAUCCGGCAAUUUUGCCGCUGCUCCUACAACGCAUGCAGGCGAUGGAGGGACUGCGGCAGUCGACACAAAACAGCAACCACGUGGUCGAAUCGCUGCCGAACAUACCGACGGUGGUGAGGUCAUUCCUGACCUGCCUCGACACGUUAUUGAACAAUCGCUCGCACGUCUCAAUGCACGAACAAGACGGUAGCAGCUAUAUUUCUAACCAAUGAACCACAGAACAUUGCCUACAUGGGCAUGCGGUCUGCCGGGUGUCUAAUGUGAACUGCAAAGUUAUUGUGCUACGAGUGGCCUGCAUCCUUGGUAUAUUGUUUCUUUUCCUAGUCCAUGAUUCGGGACGUAUCCUUGGCCAGACUCAGCUCUUCCGUAAUCCUGACCCAAAUGAUGAACUUACAAAUGACCGACCUGCCAGUUCUCGUAUAACUGCUAGCAUAAAGUCGAAUCAGUAGAUGCAUACUUUUGCCCCGACAAAACGUAAGCACUACAGAUCUGACUUUAUGUGUCCUGGCUCGAGGCGGCAAAUGAAUGAGGUUUAUAAUCAAAGAGAGCGCUGAUGGGUCUGGAUGCUUUACUGCUAGUAUCAAAUAUAUGUUUUUUUUUUUUUUUUUUUCCCAGUCCAAAG